AUGGCGGAAAACACUCCCUCUCCAACCAAUAAUGCGUCCUCUUCAGCAGACGGUGGGGCUGAUCAAAACACAAACACAAACAACAACAGCAAUGUCCGUACUGCCGUCAACAACAAAAUGGCGGCUCAGACCGCACAGCUGAACAAAAUGCGAGAUGCCAAUGGCAAAUACAAGAAUCUACUCAAAAUGGCCAAGGAGCGCAUCCAACAGCAAGAGGAAGAGUUGGAGCAGUUAAAGCGCGAAGUAGAGGCAGCCAAAGAGAACCCUUUGGGUGGUGUGGACACGGCAUCGUCCUCUGGAACACCUGCCAUUACCAUGGACGAUGGAGAUUUGGGAGGUGAUGCAGAAAGCAGUGCCUCUAUUGUAUGUGUGUUACAGCGUGUCAAAGCCCAGCAAGCGAGAAAUGGCGGCGAGGAAAUCUGGGCACUGGUAGAAUUCGAAGAAGUCAUGCCCGACAACCUAGUAGCAGAGGCAGCCACAAUGCCACCCAACCGAUAUCGAAAAUGGAAACGAUUUGAAGCAGAAACGGAAUUAGAAGACUUUAUUCGGAGGGAUACUGGAGAACCCCUUACUCUGCCACCCUAUUCCUUGGCACCCGAGCAAUCCGCUAGAAUCCAAGAGGAAGCCAAGAAGGAAGUGUCACAGGUCAUGGAGGAAUUUAGGAGGUUUCGAGUUCGAUCCGAACUCUCCAGGAAACAACAGGAUGCUCACAUCAAAGAGUUACAAAGUAAUCAUGUUCAGACAGCACAGCGUCGCAUCGAAGGACAAGAUUUGGACCAGCAAUUGGAGCAGGCUCGUUCAGAGAGAGGGGAACUGAACAAACUCAAGGCUGAAAUGGCCGAAAAUGAGGCAAAUUGGAAAGAAGCCUACGAUGUGCUCCUGGCCGAAAACAAUGCGUUGAAGAGUUCGGGUUCCGAAGCCCUCUUGGCGGCUCAAUGGAGGCAACGAUAUGAGACUUGCCUAGAGGAAAAAGAAACCGCAAAAGCACAGCUACAAACCGCAUUGCACAAACAAACCCAAGAAUUGGAGGAACGGGGAAAGGCGGACGCGGGCAAGUAUGAAAUGAAGUAUCGAGACCUGAAAGAAUCAUUUCGACUCUAUCGAAAAAAGGCCAAGGAAAUCUUUGAAUCGCAACAAAAUGGUGAUGUGUCGGCCCAACUGAAGACUCUGACAGAUCGUGGGUCUGAGGAGUCCAAGCUGAAUUACUUGAAGAAUCUCAUGAAUUCAGAAAAAGAAAACAGCAGAGAGCUGGUUCUGAGUGAAGCAUUUGGUGGGGCAGCAGCAUUCGAGGUUAGACAGGAACGACGAACGAGUUCGUACAAUUCGAGCCAUAGAAAUACUCCAGCAUCGGUCUAUUCGUUAUAG